AUGAGUUUUAUUUAUCCAAUUCCUACUACAGGUUCAAUAUCUUUUUCUGAUUUUUUAUUAGAUGAAGAUAAUAAAUAUAUAAAUGAAAUUUCCGAAGCAACAGCUCAAAGAGGCAGAGUUCGAGCUGUUUUAAAAGAGGCCAAUAGAACGGAAGAACCAAAAGAUUAUACAAAAAUUCUUAAGACAGUUAUUGAUUAUAUUCCAUAUUUAUUGGAAACCUCAUGGCGUUGUUCUCUUACUGAUCCAGUUCUUAAAAAAAAACCACGAAUUUCAUGUCGAGGAAUACAUUAUGAAUUAAUAUUUAUAUUUUUAACAUAUGGAUAUGCAUGUUCUAAUAAAGCAUCAAGUAGCAUAGAAAUACAAAUGCAAAAGGAUGAAUUUGAUAAUACAUUAAAACAGGCUGCAGAAUUAUUACGAAAAGUAUCUGGAAUUUUUGCAUAUAUUGCCGAAAAAGUAUGUCCUACUUGGCAAAAUCCACCAGCCACAAGACCACCAGAUGUUUUAUCAGAAUUAGCUGCAUCAAUGUCAAAGGUUGCAUUAGCUGAUUCAUCAUCAAUUGCCAUUCGUAAAGCUUUAAUGCAACAAACAUCAUCAUCGUUACUUGCUAAAUUAUCUAUUGGAGUUGCAGGACAUUAUGAAAUGGCUAAUGGUCUCAUUAAGAGUUUAGGAGAUUCAAAAAAAGUUUGUGCAGUUGGAUUUAUUAAAGAAGCCAAAGAAGUUUUUUAUCUACUCACUAAAUCAAAAUCACCUACUAUUGCUAAACAUGCCUUACAAGAAUAUGAAGAAGUAGAUGAAUUAUAUAAGAGAUAUGUUGGAUUUAAUGAUAAAGUUGCAUGUGAAAAAGUACCACCAAAAGCUGAUCUUCAAGCACUUAUUCCUGGUGGAAGAGGAGUUCAUGAUAUGAUAAAGUAUACUCCUCCAAAACCUGCAUUUGGACCUGAUUCUGAAAGAGUUAUUACUACUACUUGUGAUGAAAGUUCUGGUAAAUGA